AUGUGUAAACCUCAUGAUCCAAUCUGGACCAUCUUACCUUCCUACUACAUGUAUCACUCCACGUUUACCGGAGAGCUGGACCCUCCGAUGUAUACUGAAGACCCUGUGAAUGCUCCUGGUUCUUCUUGUGGAGAGUCUGAUAAUGCCAGUCGGGUAAUUUCAUCGCAUAUUUCAAGCGAAUUGAACACGGAACCUACCAGUGUAUCUCAUAACAGCGAUGGCCACCCCAGUUCCGGUUCCGCUCUGGUUUCACUGGGAGAAGGUAGUUUCAUUGUGGCUGAUGAGCUGAGCAGUUCUUGGAGAGAGACAAUUUUGGAUAACUAUACCCAUUUGCGUAAUUUGACUGGCACCAAAAAUGAAAUGGCCCAGGCGGUGAAAUUGUCUAUCCACUUUACGAAAGAUGUUGGCGAAAGAGGUGUCAAACCUGAGAUCAUUGACCCUUCCAUAUAUGAGUAUAAGCAAGGCGAUUACUUGAAUGGAUUUAUUUAUAUCAAGAAUGAAGGCACGAAACCAAUUCCGUUCGAUAUGUUUUAUGUCAACUUCGAUGGAAACUUUAUUGUGCAAGACUCGAAGAAUGUCAAGGCAAAACGGCCCGUGAAGAUCAGAAGGUUCUUGGAGAUGUAUGAUUUCGCUGCUUCGUGGAACCCAGCAUCUGUCAACCGGUUGCUUUCGGAAAAAGACGAUACUUACUACUGUCCUCACCUUAUUGAUCCAUUGGACAAGUCUCACUUGGCCAUUGGUCCUGAAAAGAUGGUGUACCCUGGUAUUCUUUACAAGCGUUUCUUCACCUUCAGAAUUCCUGUCCGUCUUUUGGACUCGGAAUGUAACGACCACAACCUACCGGGCCACACAGAGCUCCCACCUACGCUAGGGCUUUGUCAGACUGAGAAAGAGCAGUGGAAUAAAUCUGAGAACAUGAUCAAUGACUUUUCGUUCAUUGACACUUCUAUUAGUCACGGUUUAUGGGCGAGAUUUAUUGGUAAAGCGUCAAAGUAUGAUGCUAUACAAACAGAUGCCAAGGGAUUUAAGUUGAUAAACGCCAGUGGUGAUGAGUUCGUCAUUUUGAAAGAAGAGGGUUCAUUUAUUCGUAUCCUCCAAGAAACCAACAUUCCCAGUGACAAAGAGAAGGAGACCAACAAUGAGACUUCCAGAGUCAUGUACAACAGCUUUGUUAGUCAGAUCAAGGAACGUAUCGCCGUGGGAAACGAGUUAUGCAAAGCCAUUAAGAAGUUGGAUAACAAAUCUGAUGCAAUUGAUAUAUCACAUCGUAUUGCAGCAGAAGAAGCAGUUCGCAACGAGAACCACGGUGACGCAACCAAGUAUCGACAACUAUUCAAUCGUUCAUCAAGUGCUCGGGACGUCAAAGUAAACUACCAAGUUCCAAAAGCAUACGACAUUGCAAUUCCAUUUCGCAAGAAGCCCAUUUUUGGCAGGCCAAAAGAACAGGGCUCAAUCAUGCUUUCCACUCCAAAGAUUGACUACCUUCUUAGCUAUAUCUCCCCAGAACGAUUCAGAACCAGAUGUCCAACAGAUCCCUCAUCCUGGAAGGUGGAGAUCCCUAUUGAGCUUACUUAUUCUCCAUGCGCCAACAACCAAGAUCCUAAUAUGAAACCGCCAGAGAUUCUUUCGGUGUUUGGUGAAUUGAUCGUGUUUACUCUCAAAUCCAAUAACCGUCCCAUCCCCAUCGAGUUAAAUCAUGAUUUCCUUUUCAAGAAUAUUUCGAAAACCGAAGAUGGCAGACAGUCCAUCGAUGAUUUCACUCAUAUCGUGAAGCGUCCAAUGCAGCAAUACGCCAACGAGAUCUACCACUUGUUUAAAACCUUAGGUGUGGACAACUUCCGGGUACAGAAAAGUAUGAUCGAGGAUCUUGCCGCCAUGUCUAAGGUGGAAGAGAAAUAUAACCGGUUGGUGCUCCAUGACCUCAAAACGGUGGAUGAAGGCGGCAAUACCGAGACUUGCAAGGAGGGUAUUAAGAUUCCAUGGUACAAGCUGGAUGGCACACUGUUUAAGAAGAAGUUCUCACUUGCCGUUGACGUAAGCAAAGCUCAAAAGAUGCUGACGGACAGUAGCGGUGUGGGGAAGAACUAUAAAGCCUAUGAUGAAUUUACCUUGGUUCCAAGUUUCCAAACCUGUCUCAUGUCGAGACUUUACUACUUUCGUUUUGUCAUUCGUUUUACUGGGAACCAAUGCCUUGAAUUCAAACUUCCUGUUAAUAUCGCUAAGGCUGCUUCCUAA